UAGAUAGUGUGUACAUGAAAACUGAUUUAGACCCUUUUUUUUAUUAUUUAUUUAAAACACAAACGAAAGGGAGGAACAAUUUUUCUAAGUUGAUAUCUAUUGUUUAGCUCUUGUUGCACCUAAAUAUUCCUGAUUCUUUGAUGAAUUCGAUGUUUCUUUCUUGAGAUCGGACAUCAACAAAGUUAGCUGGGUUUCGAAGAACAAGAUAAUCGACACCCUAAACUUUGCAAUGUAAUGAUCGGUACUCUAUUGAAUCUUGAAGCAAUUUUCAUCUUCGGAGUCUGAACUGUAUAAGAUCACAUGAAAAAUGUAUACAAACUCCAUUGUUGCAUAAUCAAAAGUAACAAGCAGAAUGAUCCUCCGUCUCUCCGUCGCCUCCUUCUUUCCUGUGUUGCUGCAGCUCCCGAAAGCUUAUCUUAUGCUCGUUAUAUAUUCUCUCGAAUUCCUUCUCCAGAUACCUUCGCUUAUAACACCAUUAUACGAGCACAUUCUCACUUCUUUCCUUCUCAUUCUUUGUCCUUUUUCUUUUCCAUGCGCUCCAGUGGCGUCCCUUUUGAUAAUUUCACAUUCCCUUUUGUUCUCAAGGCAUGUUCUCGAUUGCAAAUGGACCUUCACUUGCAUUCCCUUAUUGUUAAGUAUGGUUUGGACUCUGAUAGUUUUGUGCAGAAUGCAUUGAUGUGUGUUUAUGGGUGUAGUGGGUCAUUAGAGAUUGCAGUCAAGGUGUUUGAUCAAAUGUCUGAGAGAGAUUCUGUCUCUUGGUCUACUAUUAUUUCUUCUUUUGUUAAUAAUGGCUUUGCAUCUGAGGCUUUGACCUUAUUCAAGAAAAUGCAGUUGGAAGAUAAAGUAGUGCCUGAUGAAGUAACCAUGCUCGGUGUGAUAUCUGCAAUCUCACACUUAGGAGCUUUGGAAUUGGGUCGAUGGGUUAGAGUGCUUAUCGAUCGGCUUGGCUUGGAAAUUUCUGUUGCUUUAGGCACUGCUCUUAUCGAUAUGUUCUCCAGAUGUGGAUCCAUUGAUGAAUCGGUUGUUGUAUUUGAGAAGAUGGCAGUGAGGAAUGUGUUGACAUGGACUGCGCUAAUCAACGGGCUUGCGGUCCAUGGGCGGAGUACGGAGGCGUUAGCAAUGUUCCAUAGCAUGAGGAAUUCAGGGGUGCAGCCAGAUUAUGUUACAUUCUCUAGUGUCUUAGUAGCUUGUAGCCAUGGGGGUCUUGUAAAAGAAGGUUGGGAUAUUUUCCAAAGCAUUUCGAAGGAUUAUAAGUUGGAUCCUCUUCUAGAGCAUUAUGGCUGCAUUGUUGAUAUUCUUGGCCGUGCAGGCCUGCUGAAUGAAGCUUAUGAAUUUGUGGAAAGAAUGCCAAUGAAGCCAAAUUCAAUCAUCUGGAGGACACUUCUAGGAGCAUGUGUGAAUCAUAACAAUCCUGAUUUAGCCGAAAAGGUUAAGACGAAGAUCUCCGAGCUAAGCUCUUUGCAUGAUGGCGAUUUUGUGCUUCUAUCCAAUGUUUAUGGAGCAGCUGGUAGAUGGGUAGAAAAGGAAUCAGUGAGGAGUAAGAUGAGAGACAAAAGAAUAGGCAAGGAACCUGGGUGUAGCUUGAUUAAUGUAGACCAAGCAAUUCAUGAGUUUGUUUCUGGGGAUAGUUCUCAUCCACAAUCCGAGGAGAUAACGAAGUUCUUGAGCUCAAUUAUAGGAGAUCUAAGAAGCAGCGGGUACACGCCACACACGGAAAACGUAUUACACGAUAUCAACGAGGAAGAAAGAGAGCACUCUUUAAGGUAUCAUAGUGAGAAACUGGCCGUUGCUUUUGCAAUUCUUAGUAUGAAAGAUAACAAGACGAUAAGGGUCAUGAAGAAUCUUAGAAUUUGUCAUGACUGUCAUUCAUUUAUGAAAUAUAUUUCAAACAGGUUUGAGAGGACGAUAAUCAUUCGGGAUCGCAAUCGGUUUCAUCAUUUUGAUAAAGGAUCAUGUUCAUGUCAUGAUUAUUGGUGAAAUUUUCUUGCUUGAGUUGUUCUUUCUUCUCAUUUAUGAACAACAAUCAUAGAUCAAAAUCAGGGUAGAAAUGCUUCUUUAUUUCUUGUAAGUUGAAAAUGAUUGUAUUAAGAUAUGUUAAAAGAUUAAAUAUAUCAUAAUCUAUCUUUUCAUCUUCGUGUUAUCAUGUAUACAUGAUGCAAACUCUAGUGGAUUCAAUUGGUAAUUCAAUAUGGCAUCAUAAUGUUUCCAUCUUCACAUAAUCAUGUAUACAUGGUGCAAACUCUAGUAGAUGCAGUAGAUUCAGUUGGUAAUUUAAUUUGGCAUCAUAUCAUAUUGUCUCCAUCUUUGCGUAUAUAGAUGAUGCAAAUUCAGUACUUAAGCCUAAAGUUAAACAUAGAUAGAGUUAGAGUUCGUGUGGAAUAACGAGAUUCAAUUCAUGUCGAUGACAUUUGAACACACCUUCAACUGGAAUCAAGAUUUUCUUUUCUCUCAAAGACGGUAUAAUUUGGAUAGCUCAAACCUUGCAAUUGCAAAUCUUGCUUGUUAGAAGCCAGCCUACCCUGAGUGAAUGAUGUUGGUUCUAAAGGACAACCCUCUUUUCGACUUAUUUGCCUUAGUGUCUCAUAAUAUAAUCAUGUAUCGAUGAUGCAAACUCUAGUAGAUUCAAUUGGUAGUUUAAUAUAACAUCAUAGUAUUUGAAUUUUUGCAUAAUCAUAUGUAUAGAUGAUGCAAACUCUACUGAAUUCAUAGUGGCUCCAUCUUCGCAUGCAUAAAUGAUGCAAACUCUAGUGGAUAAAAGAUUAUUCUUCAUAGAGAAUAAAUAAAAGAGUUCGAAAAAAGCACAAACAUUUUCACUUCAGUUUUGCAAUCCCACUACUCGAGACUAAAGUUAAACAUAGAUAGCGUAAGUGCCUAUUGGGAAUUAACGAGAUUCAAUUUAUGGUCGAUGGCAUUUGAACCAACCUUCAACAUGGUCAAUUUUCUUUUUGCUCAAAGACGUUGCAAUUUGAUAGCUCACACCUUGCAAACCAUGCUCGAAUGAUCAACUUCAUUGGAAUAUAGAUAGAAAACCA